ACCGUGUUGUGUUUUUGUCUUUGUUUUGAGCACUCUCUCUCUCUAGGUGAGUUCUGGCUUGGUCUUGAGAAGAUACACGCUGUGGCCAAAGACACAGACUACAUCCUCAAGGUUAAGUUCUCAGACUGGAGGGGYGAUUCUGAGACCAUCCAGUACCCCAUCCGUCUGGGCGGGGAGGAGAGCCACUACGCCCUCCACAUCCAAGAGACCUCCAACGGCAACCUGGAGAGCGCCCUGACUACCGAGGCCUCCGGCCUGCCCUUCUCCACCCGCGACCAAGACAAUGACCAGAAGAGCGACACCAACUCCGCCAAACACCUCUCUGGUGGCUGGUGGUUCAGCAACUGUGGACGCUCCAACCUGAACGGCCGCUACUUCAUGAGCCCUCCUCCCAAGCAGAGGCAUCAGAGGAAGCAGGGGGUCUUCUGGAAGACCUGGCGUGGCCACUACUAUCCCCUGAAGACCACCGUCAUGAUGAUCGCCCCCUGAGGAGAGACGCUCAGCAUUCUGACAAAUUUUCUCCUCUUGAACUGAAACACUGUUAGAGGCGGUUGGUCAAUGACUUGGGUAAGCUACCCAGUCAGUCCUGGCUUCACCCAGUGAGACUUCCAACAGAGCCAAGGCCAUYAUAAAAGUCAAAAUAACUCAUACUUUUCAAAAGUCUUCAAGUCUCUCAGCUAGAGAGAACAAUGUUUAAAAAGUUAAGAAGUAAAAUGUACAUGUGAAUCUAGCAGUGGAAAGUUAGCAAGAGUGUUUCACCAAAGCUGUGGUAUGAGCUCACUCUUAAUCACUGUUUAAAGCAACGCUCAGCCUUGGGACUAAUGAAUGGAACAGAAUGAGGUGAGUUCCAACAUGUUUUGUGUCGCAAGAAACCAAGCAUUUUCCACAUGCUAAGACCCAUCUGACGGAGGUUUCUGAAUGGUAAGAGUUUUCCCAGAGGUUGAAUACUGUCCUCUUUGGCUUGAACCAGCCAAUAAAAAUGAUUUAAAGAAAAA